AUGUUAUCAAAAUUUUCUUGUUUAACAGAAGAACGAAAUCAGGCAAAAUUUUCUCCAAAAUUAUUGUCAGAGAUUUUAUACGGAAAAGAAGCCAUCAAAAGACGAAGGAAAAUUGCUGCUUUUGUUGAAAAAACUUCGGUAUUACAUGAUCAAAUACCAAAAGUAUUUAUGGAUCGUAUGGAAAGAAUUGAAAAUAUUGCUAGGAAGGUGAUUUUUCAAAAAAAUAUCUGGUUCAAAAGAGCGUUAAAUCGAGAAAUCCUUGGAACUUAUGCACAAACUGAAAUAGGACAUGGUAAUAACCUUCGCGGAUUGGAAACAGUUGCCAUUUACAAUAAGAAUAGUGAUGAAAUUAUUGUUAAUUCGCCUACUAUAACAUCAUAUAAGUGGUUUAUAGGCAAUGCAGGAAUAUUUGCAAACUAUGCAAUAGUCGUCGCAAAAUUAAUUAUAAAUGAUGAAAAUAUGGGUUUGCAAAAUUUUAUUGUACAACUCAGAGAUGAAAUAACACAUAAACCGAUGCAUGGAAUAACUAUUGGUGAUAUUGGUCCUAAAUUUGGUAUGAAUUCUAAUGAUAACGGAUUCAUAAAGUUCGAUAAUGUAAGGAUACCUCGAAGACAAAUGUUAAUGGCAUUCACGAAGCUAACUGAAUAUGGUGAACUAAUAAAACCAAUGCAUGAAAAACUUGGAUAUAUAAGCAUGGUUCGUGUACGAUCCAUGAUGACGCAACAGCAGGCAUUUAUGUUGGCUAAAGCUUGUACUAUAGCUGUAAGAUAUUCCUGCAUCAGAAAACAGGGAGAAAUCAUGCAAAAUAAAGGCGAGGUAAAAUUGAUUGAUUAUCAACUACAACAAUACCGUAUACUGCCACAACUCGCAAAUGCAUUUGUCUUCUGGUUUGCUGCCAAAAAAAUUCGUCAGACUUAUCAAAACAUGCAAAAUGAUAUUAUCGAUUCAUUAAAUGAGUUACACUCUCUUUCAAGCGGACUGAAAGCUCUGAUAACGGAAGAAGUUGGUAGAGGUAUUGAAUCUUGUCGCUUAUGCUGUGGUGCGAACGGUUAUUCGCAUUUAAGUGGUCUUCCCGAGCUUUAUACUACAGCUAUAGCUGGUAACACAUAUGAAGGUGACAAUACCGUAUUGCUGCUACAGUUAGCGAGGUUAGCGCGAUUAUUCUUCAGCACAAUUCCUAUGAAUUCCUUGGUCCAUUUUAAAUUGAUAUUCAUUUAUAUCAUAUUGAUACUGAUAAAAUUUAAGCCAAAAUUCGCGUCUCUAAAUGGAGAAGUUGAUGAGAUAUUGAAUAAUAAUGAUGGAUAUGCAUCUCGAUUGCAUGUUAAAGUUUAUUUACUUUUGAAUAUGAUAAACUGCAUAUCAGAAAUUGAAGAUAAACAAGUUUUCGAAGCAAUGAGUGACAUCUUGAAAUUAUUUAUUCUUCAUGAAUUGAUUUCAAUUCCAUCAUAUAUUGAGAGUGGUUGCAUAAAUGUCGAGCAAUUAAAUUUAAUUCGAUCCGAAUUCUAUAAAAUGCUGAAAAAAGUUAGAAGAAAUGCCAUCGCAUUAACCGAUUCGUUUGAUAUAAAUGACCGUGAAAUCAAUUCUCUUAUUGCAACGAAUAAUGAAAAUAUUUACAAAAAUAUUCUCCAGUGGACGAAUUACUCCCAGUUAAAUAAUAAAGUUCGUAUUUCAGUUGAAUUAAUUGAGCAUAUUUCCAUAAAUCUUAACAGUGAUAAAAUUUCCUAUAGUCUUAGACACCCUUUUAUUUUUUACCUAAAACAUCGAGCAUUUCUGUUUUGA